CAUGGUUAUUUUCUUUCAUUACAGUUUCUGACUUAAAUUGUAUCUCAUUGUCACAAAACUGUUUUAUUACUGAAAGUGUAUACUUUUAUAACAUAAUUAUGGCCAUGCCCACUUUCUUUGUCCUCUUACUUCAUGAUUUUUAGCAUACCUGAAUCCUUACAUCUAAAAGAGUCUCCUAUGAUACAGCAUAAUUUUCUUUUUUUCUUGUAUGUACUAAUGACAAUAUAAUUUCCAGUCCAUGCAAGUUUCCUUUGCUGUUACAUUUCCCUUUCCUGUGAUAUUAUUUAUUGAUAAUAGUUGUUUUAUUUAGAGUGUGUCUGGAUGUACUAACAGAGAUUUAUAAUAAAGCUUUUGCUUUUAUCUUUUAAAUUCUACUCAGAAAUUAUAAUGUGUUGUACAUCCUCAUAAAUCCAUGAAUUCUGCUCUGUAUUUGAUUUUCCAUAGAGCUUUAAAUUUUUUUUGUUUGUAUUGCCUCGUAACAGUAGGGCAGCCCAGCGGAGAUGGUCGUUUAGAGGGUUUGUAUAUCCUUGGAUGCAGUUCUUUCCCUUUAAAGGAUGGGUUGGCUGGGUGGUAUGUUUUAGAUUGUAUCCCUCCAGCAUGUUCACUGUGUUCUCCAUCUCAUGUCUGCGUUACAAUGCUUCUCUUAGAAGCUCCUCAGAGGUCACAAGAUCAGCAUCACUUUUACUGCUCUCAAGAUAUCUCUGUGACUUGUGAAACGGAGACUCCUUGUGUGUGUCAUUUUCACUCUCUGUCUUUCAGUCUGAAGAACUAAUUAAGAUGCUUGAAUUCUGAUGUUUCCUCAUCAUAUUUCUAGUUUUUCCACUAUUAUUUCUUACUAAAUUUGUCGCCUAUAUUAUUUACUUAUGGUGUCUAUUUCCUUGUAUUCUUGUUUUCUUGAUUUUAGUGUUUGAUCUGGUUUAUUUAUCCAUUAUCUUUAGAUGGUUGUUUUGUUUAUAUAAUUUAUAAAUCAGUUUUUAAAUGAUGAGUUUGCAGUAUUUUUCAUGUUCGUUCCACUGAGUUAUCACCUUGUUUCUUUGUGUUCUGUACUAACAUUCAUUGAAACUUGCCCUUUGAAAAAAGAAUCAGCAAUGUAUUAUAGUAGUCAUGGGGGUGACAGCAUGUUGACACCUUGAAACCGUAAAAAACAAAUGUGCAUUUAUUCCAGCAACCCCAGGGACUAAAUAUUUUGGCAAACAAUAUUAAAUCACUCUAUUGAGAAUAUCACCAAUAAUGCAGCAUGAUUUGAAGUUACCAAAAUAAAAGUUAACUUUAGUACAAAUGGAUAAUAGAUCAUUUAGGGGAUGAAGAGAGAGCUAGGUAUUUAAGAACACAAACUGUCUUGCUGAGGACCAGAAUUUGGUUCCCAGCACCCAUAUUGAGCACUCACAGCACAACUGCCUGUAACUCCAGCCUCAGAGGAAUAUAAUGCCUCUGACAUUCACAGGAAGCUGCACUAACAUGCACAUGAGCAUGUGCUCACACGUGCAUGUGUGCACACACACACACAUUAAAAAAAUGAUAAAAAAACAUUUUAAAAGAUUAUUGGGUUCAUAUGCACAGUGGUUUAAUGUUGAGCUAUAUAAAAGAGAAAAUCUUAUUUUCUGCCACAUAGGUAAAAGUGCAAGACUUAAAAUGAAAUCAAGCAAACAAAGGAAAUUAACAUCUUAAUGUUCAAUUAGUAAAGUUAAUUUCAGAAAUAAAAAGAGGCUGUCAAUUUAGGAGGGUGCUGAAGUAGUAGUGAUCAAAGGUGAAAAAAACUUAUUAAGAUGAGCAUAAGGCUAUGAGACCAUAAGCUGUUUACUAAAGAUCUAGAAUUGAUUGGGGGGAAAAGGAUAGGCAUAAGAACAUCCAGAAUUUUAUAGAUCAUGAGUAUAUUUAAUAUAUUUUUGAGAAGUACUAAGGAAAUAGAUAGGAAGUGUCUAAGUACAAAACAUUAUUAUAUGAAAUGAUAAUGUGUUAGGAAGAUAUAUUUAGUCAUUCCAACAUAAAUACUUAAAAUAGCAUGGUGUACAAAAUGAGUAGAUUAAAUUUAUUUUUCAGUGAAAUUGAUAAGCACCAGUAAUUUGUUUUAUAUUUAAGAGUUAUUUUUUUUCUACAGGAUGUCUUCAUCAUGUUUUUGAUUAUUGAGGACUUUGAAACCUGUUCUCUUUCUCGUCAUUUUACCCAGAACUUUUCACCAGAACAGAUCCUAAAAUAUUCUUUCAAAAAAGUGACUAAGAGAACACGUGGAAGUUAUGGCCUCAAGAGUUUCAGAAAUCAGGCAAAUGUAGAUGAGAAUAAAGGUGAAACAGCCUGCCAUGGUGAAUAUAACCCAUUUGUGAUCACUAGCAAUAGCAAAGAUGUCAUUGACAACAGAGAUCAAGAACAGAAAGCCGCUAUGAAAAAAACUCAUGCUAGGACAGGUACUUUUGAUGUGCCAUGUCUCUAUAAACAAAAAUAUCCAUGGGAAAUUUUUCAAUAUAACUUACCUUUGAAAAGAAGUUUUGAAGAUCUGAAAGUGGGAAAUGUCUUUCACUCAAACAUUUCCAUAGACAAAGAAUUGAGAGACAGAGAACUGAUCUCUAAAGUUGAUCAAGUAGAGGUUUCCUAUCCUGAAAGAUCCUUACUCUUCAGCCAGCAAGUUGAUCUUUCCUAUGGCCAGAUGCACAGUUCUGAUGGCUGUGGACUACUUGCUACAGACCUAUUACUGCAUAGCCAGAAUCCAGAUACAGAUAUUUGGAAAGCCAAACACAUAUGUAAAGAAACUAGCAAAGCUUUCAGUAAUGGCUCUACACUAAGUGAUUGCAAGGAUAUUGUAGAGAAAUCUGGUCAGUGUAACAAAGUACACAAUAACAUUAACCAUGGCUCAAGUCCCACCAACCAGAAGUGUACUCUGUUUCCAAAGAACCUUUUCAGUUGUGAAAAUUUCUUUACUGAGUGCUCAAAGCUUGCCAUUCAGCAGUGCAACUAUAUUCAAGAUAAUUGUCACAAGUAUACAGAUUGUGACACAAUGUUUAAUCAAACCUCAAACACCAAACCACAAAAACAUAAAAAUCGGUAUGCCCAGAAGUCCUACAAAUGUAAUGAAUGUGGCAAAGCCUUUAAGUAUUGCUCAAGUUACAGUAAACACAGCAUAGUUCACACAGGAGAAAAACCAUAUAGAUGUAAACUAUGUGGAAAAUCCUUCACCCAGUGUGCAAGCCUUAAAAAACAUCAAAGAAUCCACACUGGAGAGAAGCCCUACAAAUGUGAGGAAUGCGGCAGAAGCUUUAACCAUUGCUCAAUUCUUAGUCAGCACCAGAGAAUCCAUACAGGAGAGAAACCCUACAAAUGUAAACAAUGUGGGAAAUCCUUUACCCAGUGUGCGAGCCUUAGAAAACACCAGGUAAUCCACACUGGAGAGAAGCCCUACAGAUGUGCAGAAUGUGGCAAAGCUUUCACCCAAAGCUCAACACUUAGCGAGCACCAGAGAAUUCAUACUGGAGAGAAACCUUACAAGUGUGAACAAUGUGGAAAGUCCUUUACCCAAUGUUCAAGCCUCAGAAAACACCAGAGAAUCCACACUGGAGAGAAACCCUACAAAUGUGAAGAAUGUGGCAAAGCCUUUAACUGCCGUUCGUCUUUUACUAAACACAAGAGAAUUCACACAGGAGAGAAACCUUACAAAUGUAAAGAGUGUGGCAAAGCUUUCAUCCAUUGCACAAACCUUACUCAACACCAGAGAAUCCAUACGGGAGAGAAACCAUACAAAUGUGAUGAAUGUGGAAAAUGCUUUAGUCAGUGUUCAAACCUUAGAAAACAUCAAAGAAUUCAUACAUGAGUGAAACAGCAAAUGUAAAAAUGUGGUAAUCCUGUAUCCAUAGUCCAGGGCUUGUUUAAUGUCAUAUAAUUAAAACGGGGUGAGUCCUGCAGAAGCAGUGAGUGUAACAAAGUCUACAACUUGUCUGUCAUUCACAAGUUCUCGGUAUCAGAGAAUUCAUUCUUCCGCAGAGAGACCCUACAAAUACAAGCAAUACCAAGACCUCAAUUGCUUAUAAUCCUGUGCUAGGCACCACCAUCACUUUAGAAAGAAACACAAAUGAUAUUUUUUAAUGUGGGAAAAAUCUAAAUUGUUACUCAUCUCUUACUGAACAUUGAAUUCACACCUGAGACAAAAACUGGGAAAUAUUCAGAACCUGGCAACGCCUUUUUAGUUUUUCAACCCUCACUAAACACAAAAACUCACACCUGAGACAAACCCUACAAGUGCAGAAAAAGUACCAAAGAUUUUUACUGUUUUCCAUACCUUAAUACCAGUUUAUAUUAGGAUGAAACACUAUAAACAUACUAAAUGUGUCAAAGCCUUUAAGUCAAGAUACAAAGCAUUUUAAUAUCAGAGAACACAGUAAAAAUUUCAGCUUUGUCCCAAAUGCACAACUCAAAGAGCAGUGAAAUACUUAGUGUUCUGUACACAUGUAAAAAGUAUAACAAAACCUUUUUAUAUAUGGGCUCAUACUGUAAUUGAUAUUAGAGAUCUACAAGUGUAAAUAAUGGAAAACCCUUUGUUGUUACUUCCAAGCUGCUAGAUACUAUUAAUUGAUCUGAUAGAAGAAACUUCAUGGCUCUCAAAGAACAGUACCAACAACUCACUUCUCAAAAGAUAUGGCUGUAUUACUUAUUAAAAGUUUCUAAAUAUGCUCACUCAUGGAAACUGGAAACUUAUUCUCACAUACAUGUCAGAAGAACCAGACCCAUUUCUGAGUGUUUAUACUGUUUUUCCAAAGACUAUACAACAUAUUUUCCUUAUUCCAGAUGAAGUUCUAGGUGACAAACAUUACUAAUAUAUUCUUGGGUAAACAACCUCUAUUGUUCAUUUCACUCAGGAUCUUUAGGUGAAAAUGUGGCAGACUGGGAAGUUUCAGAGUAUUGUGGAUUGAACCUGUUUGUCUGUCUAGGAUAGGAGGGAGAAAAAUAUUCUUAAGGUUCUCAUACAGUACCAGCCUCCGACUAACCAGCUCCAAUAUAGGACUGAACAUCCAGUCCUUGUUAGACACACACGUCAAAAAUGAGAUCAAAUCUGAGGUCUUGGUGUCUCUUGGACACAUCAAAAGGUGGUACCAACAUGGCAGAUCAAUACAAAAUAGUUCCUGCUGCUGCCAUUCAACUCAGUCGUCCUGGUGGGAUACACAGAGGCUCAGUCCACUACAACAUGUAGGCAUAUGGCUGUUCUAGGUUAGUGCCACCUGCAAGAUUCACAAAUGUGCUGUGGUGCCACUGACCUAACUGGGAAACCAGGAAGGACCACACGCUCCACGUGUCCACAGAAAAGGAUGCCAGGGCAGCACCCGCACCUGAGACUUGACUCUAGCAGCUCAGGCAGUGUUGGAUAGGUGGGAAGUGGGGGUUGUUUUGAAGUGUGAAAGGCUACUUCAGCCAACCUUUUCUCAUAGCAGUGCAGCAAGCAUCAGAGCCGUUAGCUUUUUUAUCUAGAAAGACACUGGAGACAAGGGUACAUGGAGGGGAGAAUCAGAUCAACUGGCCUAGCUAAACCCUGAUGAAUGAUUGAUAUAUUGGAUAUGGCUGGGUAGAAAGGUUGAAUGUGAUAUUAAAUAAGCCUCUAGGUUGGGGUAAGGCUACAAGGGUCCUUACCUGAGCCUCAAGUUUUGGGGCAUUCCAAGAGGUGCCCAAUCUAUUCGGUGACAUUGCAUGUGAAACCUAGUCUAGGUCAGAGUGAAAGGGGGUAUCAGGAAGAGCCAGCCAGGCUUAUCUUGCUGAAGAAUGUAGAAUCUGGCUGGCAAAGAGGUUGAAUAUGACAUGGGAAGGAACUAUAGGUUGGGAGAGACAAGGGUCCUCCAGGCUUUGAAGUUGUACAACUUAGAACAUUUCCUCUCUCUCUCUCUCUCUCUCUCUCUCUCUCUCUCUCUCUCUCUCUCUCUCUCUCUCUCCCUCUCUCUCUCCCUCCCCCCCUGAAUGUUGGGGCAUCUUCAUGCUCCUACUGCUGUGCCUUCCCUCAAGUUGUUUCUAUCGGGGAAUUUUAUCACAGCAACACAACAGAAACUAAUACAGGGUCCCUGGGUCAAGCAUCCAAAACAACAGAGUUCAAAGACAUUUGGUCUUUUAACAAAAGAGUCACAAAAACAAUGAUUAUCUUUCACUAUUCAUAAUUAUGAAUAACAAUCAAAAUAAAUGAAGUGUAUGUGGACUCAACCCUUUAAAGUUACAAAGCUUUAGAAACUUCCUUGCAUAGGGUUUCAGGAUUGUGUCUGCUGCCUGUGGUUCCGAUUAAAUAGUAUUUAAGUAAGCCUAAUAAAUGAAUCCACUAGCAUCAGUUCUAAUAAGACUUGAAAUGAGUGUGUGUUUGGUAGGUGUUUUCUGUUACAUUUUCUAGCAUCAGUUAAGAAUGAAAACAAUGUAGAAACCCAUUAGAAGGGAUGGGGUAGAGGUGUGAAAAUGUGAGGUCUGUUUCACCUGGGAAGAUUGGAUCUUUUUUUAAUUUUGUAUAUGAGUGCUGGCUACAUGUAUGUAUGUCCAUCACUUGUGUGUCUAGUACCCACAGAAGUUGGCAGGGAGUAUUGCAUCCCUUGGAGCUGGGGUCACAGACGGUUUUGCACCACCAUGUGGGUGCUGGGAAUUGAACCCAGAACCUCUGAAAGAGCAAGAAAUGCUCUUAAGAACUGAGCUAU